CGCUUUGACGCGGACCUGAAUGUGACACAAUGUUUCCGCGGCGCGUUUGAUCCGCGCCGCUCCUCACGAGACCGGAGUUUCUAAUGCAGCUCAGCGCAUCAGCUCACGAGACAUCGGGCGUGAAAUAAGACGUUAAAGGAGGAGGAAAAGCGCGUAAAAGUUCCGCGUAAUGCGCCGCGGUCAGGUUCUCGCGAGUUUGUUUUCAAACAAAAGUAUCCUGUCACGAGCUCGCUCGCGCUUCGAGCACUUUAAUAUGAGCGAGACGCGUCCGUCUGUGUCCAAGGAUCGUGUUGAAAUUCAAACGCGUUAAAAUGCAAGAACUCAGAAGUUCCUCAGAGGAACAUAUGGCAUAAAGACACAGCUGGAGAUUUGAGGCUGAUGUCAGAGCAGCUGACUCUUACAGAUCACACACACACACACACACGCACGCGCGCACGAGAGGUCGCGUUCAGUCGGCUGGUGCUCUGGAUCGGUUCUCUUCAUUGCGUUUAUAUGAUGUUCGUCCUGUGUGAGUUGGAGAUGUGAGAUGUUUGCGCAUGACUGGAUUGAGCUCUUUCACUGCUGCUGUUCGAUGGGGAGCGCAAAGUGAAGAUCAGCUUGUGCGAGCGCGGACACAAGAGGCAGAUCACGACAUAAGAAUGGAGUUCCCAGACCACAGCCGGCAGUUACUGCAGUGUCUGAGUCAGCAGAGACACCAGGGCUUCCUCUGCGACUGCACUGUGCUGGUGGGAGAGACGCGGUUCAAAGCGCACCGAGCCGUCCUGGCCUCAUGCAGCAUGUACUUCCACCUCUUCUACCGCGACCAGCUGGACAAAAGAGACGUGGUGCAUCUGAACAGCGAUAUUGUGACGGCGCCGGCGUUCGGGCUGCUGCUGGAGUUCAUGUACGAGGGAAAGCUGGAGUUCAGCGCUCUUCCGGUGGAGGACGUCCUGGCGGCGGCCAGCUACCUGCACAUGUACGACAUCGUGAAGGUGUGCAAAGGAAAGCUGAAGGAUAAGGAGCUGAAUGACACAGAUUGCGGCGGGCAGAAGGCGAACGGUCACCCCGACGGGUCCCCGGACCUUGUAGGUGUCAAUUAUGUGUCAGCCGAGGCCGAGGCCUGUGUCCGAACAGCUGGAAAAACAAAAGCUGAUGUCAGUAGUUCAGCCGUCCCUGUGUCCCAGAGGUCCCGGGCGUCGGAUGACACGGACCGCGCGCUGGAUUUGUCUUUCAAGCCUCUGUCGAGUCGAGACGCCUUCCACCCCUCCUACGUCUCGGGACAGCUGGCCCUCGACAGCCAGCAGCAGGGCACCGAGCCACUUGUUAAAGACGAACAUGACUUGCUGUCAGAGCAGGAGGACGGUGAUCCGGUGAGCCCGGAGAGCCAGCGCUUUGGGAAUAUCGCCAGGAGUUCGGUGGUGACAGGAUUCGCUGCCCUCUUCCCUGAAAACAAGGCCACGGCUUCGCUGCUCCCUCCGGACGACGACCUGAUGGAGGAGGAGAAUGAGCUGCGCGUGCGUUCGGAGCAUCAUCUCAGGGACAGCGAGGGCGAGGAUGAAGACGACCUGGCGUCCUCAGACAUCUCCACGUCCAGCGGGGUUCUUCUCCCGCAGGUCUGCGUGUGUCCGCUCUGCAGCAAGGUCUUCCCGAGCCCACAUGUGCUCCAGCUCCACCUCAGCUCGCACUUCAAGGAGAAGGACGGCGUUCGCUCCAAGCUCUCGCCUGACGGCUCCGUCCCGACCUGCUCGCAGUGCGGCAAGACCUUCUCCUGCAUGUACACGCUGAAGCGGCACGAGCGCACGCACUCCGGCGAGAAGCCGUACACCUGCGGACAGUGCGGGAAGAGCUUCCAGUACUCACACAAUCUGAGCCGGCACGCCGUGGUGCACACGCGAGAGAAACCACACGCGUGUAAGUGGUGCGAGCGGCGCUUCACACAGUCCGGAGAUCUGUACCGACACAUACGCAAGUUCCACUGCGGCCUCGUCAAGACGCUCGCUAUUGGAUAAAAGUGGUGCAAUCACUUCCUUUUGUAGAAAAACAACAGUUUUUAUGAAUAAUAAUAAUAAUAAUAAUAUCCAGUAUUUUGCAGGUGGCAGAAAAUGUAUUCAUUAAUGACUGUAAAACACAUUUGUGUUCCCAGCAAUCAACAAUUUGAUCAACUUGGGACUUUCACAAACACACACACACACACACACACACACACACACACACACUACAUUAAAUAUAUUAAGAUAAAUAAAUAUUGAACAUGUGUGUGUGAUUAACUGUUAACUGAGAUUAUAUUUACACAACACUAUAUAUAUGUGACCCUGCAGCACAAAAGCAGUUUUAAGUCUCUGGGGUAUAUUUGUAGCAAUAGACAACAAUACAUUGUUUGGGUCAAAAUUAUAAAUUUUUCUUUUAUGCCAAAAAUCAU